AUGUUCCUGAGCAAAGCAUCCGUCGUUCUCCUCGUCGCUUUCUUGGGGACCUCAUGGUCUCCAGGAGAUGGAUUUGUUUCUGCGAGUCCGUUGCCACAUUUGAACCACACCUCCACAACCAUACUACCCACAGCAACCACAAGUGAUGUACCCACAACAACCACUAUUUUACCCACAGCAACCACAAGUGAUUUACGUUCAGCCUCAAAAUCAAGGUUCUCAGAGACCUCCGCUCAUACGGACCUGGGAUGGUCUCCACGAUUGGGCUCAGAACUUCGCUAUGGGUGGUUUGGGACAAAACCCUCUUAAAUAA